AUGGCUGCUGAGGCGAAAGCAUUGCUUGAUGAGCUGAUGGGGAGGUCUCGAAAUCUCGACCCCGCUGACAACCCAGAAGAUCUUAGUUGGGAUAGUGCAGAUGUAUGCAAGUACUUUCUGUGUGCAUUUUGCCCCCAUGAGCUUUUUACAAACACAAGAGCCGAUUUAGUGCAUGAGCACUUGAACUUGCCAGAACUGGUCAAAUACCGAAGAUGUCGGCCAAAGCCCACUCUCAUGGCGUCGAAAUGGGGAUCGUCCCCCCGCGUCAUACGGCCCUUAACGAGAGCUCGGUACCAAAACAGUCCACGAUUUGAAAAAUGUGGCUAUGAGGAGGAUUUUAUCAGGUUUCUUCAAACCUUGAUCACGGAUGUAGAAAAACGAAUACGACGAGGUCACCAGCGUCUCGCUCUCAACAGUCAGCAGGGAGCUUUGAACGGAACUGUUGGAAAUCAGAAUGAGGAGAAAGUGACGCUUCUAACAGAGAGAAUUAAUGAACUUGUUGUUCAGAAAACCAUCAUCAACAGCGACUGCUGUGGUUACCAAUACAGAAAUGCCACACUAGCCAAUGUUUCUCUCAGCCUGUGUGCAACAACAUAUGGUAGCACAAUUAAACAGAAAUGGUUGAUCAAAGGACACACAAAUGGAAGUUGA